GUUGAUCAUCCUUCUGUUUUAUUUAUUGUACUAGGUACGAUUCACUUCUAAACGUUUAAUAAUAUUGAACUACGGAUUAACACGUUCGAAGGAUAUGACAAGCUGGUAGAUCAUUGGACGUUAAUUCCAUUAUAUACACUAUACUUGAAGAUGUCACAAGUACAAGAAUGCUGGAACGAAUACGGCAGAAACAUUGGAGCGUCGGAAGAGGUUCUUUCAAAGUACUGGGACAUCAUACAAUCAAGAUAUGGUGAACAUCAACGAUUCUAUCACACGCUAAACCACAUAGAGGAAAUGUUGCAAUAUUUUGAUGAGGUCAAAGAAAUACUUCAGCGUCCCGAGUUGGUGGUAAUGGCAAUUUUUUUUCACGAUGUGGUUUACGAGCCUACCAGACCAGACAAUGAGGAACUGAGUGCUAAACUGUUUGCAGAGUUCUGCUCCGAGAUCAUGAAAGAGAACACUGAUAAAGAUCGCGUGUGUGACUGGAUAUUAAAGACCAAAGGACACGUGACAGAUGUUACCAUGGUUACCGGGCAGUAUGGCUGCUUAGAUGAGCACUACUUACUUGACAUGGAUCUCGCUAUUCUCGCUACUUCUCCGUCCAGAUAUAAUGGUUACGCGGAGGAAAUUAGGAAGGAAUAUUGUCAUUUUUCUGAGCAGGAAUUUUCAAUUAGACGCUCAAAGGUAUUGAAGACAUUCCUUGAGAGAACAAAUAUCUUCAACACAGAACAUUUUCGAAGUAAGCUCGAGACAAAAGCUCGUCAAAAUCUGGCAGACGAGAUCAAAACCCUCGAUGCAGCAUGUGGAGGGACAUAAGGAUAUAAAAACACGUAGUACGAGUCAUUUCCAUUGUAUUUGAUAUCAUAUUUGAAAAAUGUCAUUAUUGAAA